AUGCUCUUCGCAGUCCUCACGAUACAGAUCUACUCGUACAUGGUCAAAUUUCCACGCGACCGUCUUGCACUCAAGAUCUUCGUUUGGGUGGUUUACAUCUUGGAUUUCGCACAAAUUAUCCUUCUUCAUAUGUUCUGUUGGGAUGUUUGGGUUACCGGACUUGGCAUUCAGGGAGGCGUUCCGACGCCUCAGCCUGCUACGGGGGCUCACACUAUGAUGACCGCCAUAAUUUCUGCGAUGGUUCAAGGUUUCUUUGCAUGGAGGGUCUACGUAUUGAAGAGGGACAGCCUGGUUGUCAAGAUAACCGCGGUCGUCAUUGUUCUUUUGGCGUUUGCGCAAUGUAUAAGUUGCAUAUGUGGAGUCACCUCGUACCUUGUAGCAGGCAGAAAGGCGUCCAGUGUGGCGCUCGAGGUCGAACUCUUCAUAUUCACUCAGAUUUGGAUGAUCGGUGCUGUCGUAUGCGAUUUAAUCAUCGCAGUCGCCAUGACAUGGAUUCUCAUCAUCUACAGUCGCGCCUCAAGAAUCAAGCGUACCCGGACGAUCGUGAAAAGUUUGAUCCUGCGAUCGGUGGAGACGGGCACCGUUACCUUCGCUUUUACGAUGGUCAACUUGAUUUUGUUCUGGAUAAUGCCGCAUAACUACAUUUAUAUGGUGUUUGACAGAACCUUGUCGAAACUGUAUUCUAAUGCACUCUUCUUGAGUCUUAACGCAAGAGAAAGCGGAGCUGAUGUCAGUACGACGAACUGGGUCGGCGACAGUACCCUUGGCACCAUUGGAACGGUCCCUCUGGACACCCGUAAUAUGCGUUUCAGGACAGACGUGGACGCUAUCCAUAUCGCUACACAUGCACACUCGGCGACAGACACAGAAGACCAGCAAGACAGUCAGAUGUCGAACAGUAACAAGGAAACUCUGAGUACUGUUUAG